GCAAAUUCCCCUUCCACGAACUUGCAAAACCUCUCCCCUCCGUUCAACACUGAAAACCUCAUUUUCGUGAAUUUUCGAAAACCCCAUCAUUACACGCAGUAACAAUGGCUGCCUCCGCCCUCUCCUUAACCCUAACUCCAAAAACUUUCUCCAUCCGCCGCUUCUACCCUUCGUCCGCCGCUCUCUUAACUCAAUUGUCUCUCAAACCCUUACCGAAACUGGCGCUGGCGCUUUCUCCUACAAGGGGUCACUCAAACCUCAAUUUCACGUUCGUGCCAAAGGUUUCGUUGUCACCCCAAUUAAUGGAAGAGGAUGUCGAAGAGGGGGUAGAAGACGAAACCCUCGAUUUUUCGGGCCUCGGGCCCGACGAACCCAGCUUUCCGCCCGAGCAGAGACUCUACGUGGGGAACGUGCCUUACAGCGUAGACAGUGCUAUGCUUGCUGGGUUGUUUCAGCAAGCCGGGUCCGUUGAGAUGGUUGAGGUUAUCUUUGACAAGAACUCGGGGAGAAGUAGGGGCUUUGGUUUUGUGACUAUGUCCUCGAUCGAGGAAGCUGAAGCUGCCGCUCAACAGUUUAAUGGAUAUGAAUUCGAGGGUCGUGCUCUGAGGGUUAAUUCCGGGCCACCGCCUCCUAAGAGAGAAAAAUCUCCACCCAGAGCAUUUGGGGGUCGUGGGCCAGCUCGUUCAAAUGACCUCAACAGACUUUACGUGACUAACCUUUCAUGGAAUGUUGAUAAUGUUACUCUCGAGAAUUUCUUUAGCAAACAGGGGCAGGUCAAGGAUGCUCGGGUGAUUUGUGAUAGAGAAAGUGGCAGGUCAAAGGGAUUCGGGUUUGUUACUUAUCAUUCGCCUGAGGAGGUCAACCGAGCUGUUGCGGAAUUGAAUGGUGCAGACCUUAAUGGGAGAUCAUUACGGGUUAGUAUUGCUGAGGCUCGUCCAGUGCGUAUGNAUAUUCCUUGUUUAUGUUUUCAUUGUGGAAUUCAGAUGUGGAGGGUUUAUGGAAAAUGCGAUCUUUUGCGAAUGCACUAAACCUGUGCAUGAUAUGAAGCAUUGCCCGUUGAGAAGCUAUGAAAUUUUCAACUUGUGUUCAUACAGGACUUGCAAGUGUAUAAUAUUCGCAAACCUGUGUUUUUUGUCAUGUGCCUGAAAAUCAUAACCCUGUAAUCUCCCCUGGCUUUGGAUCGAUUUCUACAAAAUCUUGAACUUUUAUUUUAAAUGUUUCUAUGAGCAUGUUAACACCAAUGGUUUCGAAUUUCUUCGUAACCGAAAGCUAUGGCUUGUCCCAGAACUGAAUUUCUCAUUGGACUCGGUUUAACGACAAAUGCUUCCUAUAAAUUUGGC